AUGCACCGCCUGCUCACAAGACUUCUUGCUCAAAUCAUCAAAUUAUGGGCAAACUUCCCUGAUUACCCAAUUAAGACGAUCCGUCUUAAUAAUGCCGCUGAAUUUACUUCUCAAGCUUUUGAUAAUUAUUGCAUGUCAGUUGAAAUUAAUGUUGAACAUCCUGUUGCACACACUCAUACUCAAAAUGGUAUGGCUGAAUCUUUUAUUAAAAGACUUCAGUUAAUUGGUCGUCAUUUACUUAUGCGAACAAAAUUACCUGUUUCUGCUUGGGGUCAUGCCAUGUUACAAGCUGCAUCAUUAGUUCGUAUACGACCAACUGCUUAUCAUAAGUACUCAUCAUUGCAACUUGUUUUUGGUCAACAACCAAAUAUUUCUCACAUACGAGUUUUUGGUUGUGCUGUAUAUGUUCUAAUUGCACCACCCCAAUGCACUAAAAUGGGUCCUCAACGUAGACUUGGAAUUUAUGUUGGUUUUAAUUCUCCAUUUAUUAUUAGAUAUCUUGAACCCCUGACAAGUGAUGUCUUUAAAACACGAUUUGCUGACUGUCAUUUUGAUGAGGCUAUUUUCCCACCAUUAGGGGGAGAAAAGGAACAGCAGCAACAUGAUAUUACUUGGAAUGCCUUGGAAUUGUCUCAUUUUGAUCUUCGCACAAAUCAAUGUGAACGAGAACAUGAUAAACCAGUCGGUGCAAAAGAUAUUGUUCCUCGUAAGAGGAAAUCACACAAAAAAGCUGGCACUCCUGAAGAGGCCACAAGAGGAGCAACAGAUAUUAUUAAUCAAUCUGAGAUAACAGCCUUUGAUAAGGUAGAGGCUCUUGAUGAGUCUCAGGUACCUAAAAUUGAUGAAAUAAUAAAUAUUGAUGAGGCAAAGGCAACAGAUGAUAGUAUGGCCUUUGAUGAGGCACAUGCCCUUGAUGAGGCAAAGUUACCUAAAAAUGAUGAGAUCUCACUAAAUUAUGAAAUGAGAUGGAAUAGAAAUAAAAUUGUUGUCGACAACAUAUUCUCAUAUGUUGUUACUCUUGAUAUUGAUGAUAAGGAUCCAGAACCUCAAAACGUCGAAGAAUGUCGACGAAGAAAUGAUUGGCCAAAAUAG